UGUUGUUUUUCUUUACAUCAAACUCGUGUCAGUUGCUCAUCCCAAAAUCUAGCAAAGACUCGGUCCGUGGUCACAAAAAUGCGAGAGCCAUCAGAAGAUCUACAGAACACACACACACUACUAGCAAGAAAAGGGUACGCAAGCCCGAGGAGGUACACCUGCAAUCCCUGCAGCACGUUUGCAUGCUCACAACUGAACUACACGCCCACACACUACAAUUCAACUACAGCAGCAGCAUCAUCCCCCUUGUCCCGCAUUUAACCAAAAUGAAUGUUUGUCGACUACAGCGUACUGCUGUCUGAAGUGCUGUCUGUACAAUGAUAACACCAUGGUGCGUGCUCGGGGCAUGCAGGUGCUGCUGUCUGAAUUGCUGUUAGAAUGAAUCCGUGGACAUACAACGAAG